UGGAAGUGAAAAGUCAAAAUCAAAAAGUAGUAACGGUUGGGAAGUGUGUGUAAAUGUCUUGUGUUUAUUUUCUUAGCAUAUUUACUACUUUCUUUCUGCAUUUAUAGUUUAUUUCUUGUUUUUUAAAAAUAGACUGUUAAGUGCAUAAGUUUGCGGCUAUUUGAUAGUUUACAUCUAUUGUUGAUAUGGAGUCGCGUCUUCCUAAACCGUCGGGUUUGAAAAAACCCACACCCGUGAGAACGAUUUUGCCCACGGAGAGAAUUAAAGCCGCUGCCUUGGCCAAUUUGAAGAAUGGCGUUAAUAAUCAACGCUUGCCCUUAGUCAGGGAUCUUACGAAUUUGACCGCAACGACGGGAUUUGGACGAGGAGCUACUGGUUCACCAGAUUUACCAAAGACCUCUACAUUCACUAACCGUGCCAGAUUGCGACGUAGUCGUUCGGCGUGUGAUAUUCGAGACAUAGAGAAAGUCACACGACCUCUCAAACGAACUGAACCAACACUGGCUCCAAUUCCAGCCAAAGCUACAAAAUUCACAAGUGGAAGUACUGCAAAUAUUUACACCGCGACAACAGCUCGAAAUGGACUUCUAUCGCGAACAACCAAACCGAGCUUCGAAAGCACUACUGGGUCUCAGUCGUCAACAUCAUCAACGUCCUCAUCCUCGUCAGUGGGUGGUGUUAAACGAAAAGUGGCUACAGGAAAACCUGCAACAAAUGCAGCGCCGACCAAAUCAAUGGUAAAACGUAUACCGCCCUAUGAUUAUAAGGCACGUUUUAAUGAUUUGCUUGAGAAACAUAAAGUUCUUAAGGAGAAAUUUGAUGAAGCUAAAGAGCAGUUAUCGACAUUGGACACUCUACCGGAGCAAUAUGAAGAAUGCCAAAACACGUUGUUCAGUGUACAGGAGGCAUUAAAGAAUUCAAAAACGGAAAUAGACUGUCUGCAAAGGCAGAACAAUUCGCAAAAUAUUAAAAUUGAUUCAUUGACAAAGUGUUUACACGAUACACAGGAAGAGUUAGAUAGGUUGAAGGAGAAAUAUGAGCUCCAAUGUAAAGAACAAGAAAGCAUGAUUACCGAACUCACGGAGCUAAGAGAACGGUGCGCUUAUCUUACCGAAUUAAGCACAGAGCAAUCCGAGGAACUGACUACUUGCCGAGAGCAACUAUUCCGUGCCAACAUGGAACGCAAAGAACUGCACAAUGUGGUUAUGGAUCUUCGUGGGAACAUUCGAGUAUUCUGCAGAGUGCGUCCUCCACUGGAGGAUGAAGCAGACAGACUACUCUGCGGUUGGAAUUAUCUUGACGAGGCUACGUUAGAAAUCCACAACUUAGAAAUGCUGGCAUCAGGAGCGAAAAAUAAGGGUGCUAGUCAUGAAUUUAGUUUUGAUCACGUCUUCCAUCCAAAAUCAACCCAAGAAGAUGUUUUCGAAAUGGUUUCGCCGUUGAUACAGUCUGCAAUGGAUGGUUACAACGUUUGCAUAUUCGCCUAUGGUCAAACAGGCAGUGGGAAAACAUACACUAUGGACGGCGUUCCUGAUAAUGUUGGAGUGAUUCCGAGAACAGUUGACCUACUGUUCGAAUCCGUGAGGAACUACAAACGCCUUGGUUGGGAAUAUGAGAUCAGAGCCACGUUCCUGGAAAUCUAUAAUGAAGUUCUCUACGAUUUGCUGAGCAACGAACAGAAAAACAUGGAAAUUCGUAUGGCAAAAAAUAAAACGGAUAUUUAUGUGUCAAAUAUCACAGAAGAAACAGUGUCAACAGCAAACCGUCUAAGGCAGCUAAUGCAAAUAGCUAAAAUGAACAGAGCUACCGCAGCCACAGUGGGAAACGAUCGUUCAUCGCGAUCACAUGCAGUCACAAGGAUCGAACUGAUCGGACGACAUGAACAGAAAAAUGAAAUUUCCAUUGGUACAAUAAAUCUUGUAGAUUUGGCGGGUUCGGAGAGUCCCAAAACCAGCAUACGAAUGAACGAGACCAAAAACAUCAACAGAUCGCUAAGCGAACUGACAAAUGUUAUUCUGGCGCUGCUACAAAAGCAGGACCACAUUCCGUAUCGGAAUUCCAAACUCACGCAUCUCCUCAUGCCUAGCUUGGGUGGAAACUCGAAGACGCUUAUGUUCAUCAAUGUUUCUCCAUUCCAAGACUGUUUCGUGGAGUCUGUGAAGUCGUUAAGGUUCGCCGCGUCGGUGAACUCGUGUAAAUUAGCAAAGGCGAAGAAGAAUAAAUUCUUAAAUACGUCGACAAAUAAUUCAUUAACUAUGUGAAUUUUCAGUAUCCACGAAAAGAAAAUGUCAUCAAAAUAAUAGUUUUAAGUUCUAUUUACUCGUUUGUAUUUUAUUUUGAAAGUAAAACUCUUGCGAUAGAAGUGAAAUAUCGAAAUUAUUUUAUUAAUCCAUUUUAACUUGUAUUAUUUUAUUCGCCUACCUGAGUAUCAUCUGCGACAAGGUACGCAUUCGAAAUUAGUAACGAUACAAAAUUAGAUUUGUUUGAGAGCAGAACGACUUCUCCUGGUCAGAUAUCAAUGAUGUACUCUUGUGUUUUGAAGGCUGUUGAAAUGUGCCGUUAUAGAUUUGAAGAGAUGAAAAUGCCUUCAGUUUCAUAUUUAAUAUAUUGUAUCUAUUGUUCUGAUAAAUUACCCAAUUUCAUGAAUAGAAUAAAUUUUUUUAUCAUUUUAAA